UUAUUGUUACAUGGUAGUAAUAUGGUCAUUGCUAGUAAAAGAAAGCUGGGAGAUAUAUCAAUAUUUAUAUAUAUAUAAACACAAUGUUUGAAAGUUAAUAGCGUCGAGCAACAUAUGCAUCUACUGAACAAUUUUAUACGAAAUGUUUAUCCUGAAAAAUGUAUAUUCCUGAACUGUGCUAGCCCACUAAAGAAAGACACCAUACGAAGUUAUUCGCCAGCAAGCAGUCACAGCACAGUGUGGCUAGGCUAACUUAGCUAGCUAGGAAGUAUCGUCGAUUUUAAUGACAACAGCAACUAGAAAAGUACUCGGGUGACACGAAGCAAAAGAACCGUGUGCAUGAGAAUGGUUUAAAUUAGCUCGUUGUCUGGUUUAUUGUGGAGCAAAUAACGUAUGUUGCUGCAUCGGGAAUGUCGACCCUUCACCUCCACGGAACCCCACCGCCUGUUGUAUAGCGACGAGCUAGCUAACGUUCUCCUUCAAUUGAAUGGACGUCGCAGUGGACGUGGUUUGAUCAACAAUGUGCGCUAAUUGCUAAGCUAACUGCUCAGGUUUCGAUGUUGAUGGUCACGAGCUACUCUUCGGAUGAAGAGGGUCGCACUCAUUUAGGCUGAACCUACUGAAGAACGUCAUAUUUAGAUUGGAUGACCACUAAGGCGCAACUUUAAAUUGAUAAAAUUGCGAAAUCUGGAUGAAAUAAUGCAUUUUCCUGGCACAUGAAGAUGUCACAACCAAUGGAUAUUCAAAAGUGAAAUCGCACAUGAUGGGAAAUGUUUAUUGGGUUAAUAUGGAGCUUAGAAUAGUUAUACAUUACAUUUUUUUUGGGGCCGUUUUUAUUUUGUUGCGGGAUCAUAUGUCCACAUUUUAAAGGGGAGUGAUGGCGCUUUUGACUGAUGUCCUGCGCCCCAGGUAGUUCUCAGGCUUUCAGUUAACGUUGCUGUACUGGAGUGGUGGGGUGGACGCCGCCUGGCUUGGCCCAGCAAUUUCCUAAAAUUGGAAUAGGACUGGAAAUGUAUUUUUGAUCUUUUACAGUUUUGUCUUUGAGACGUCAACUCAACAAUAUUGUCAUGUCGCCCAGCUGUUGGCAUAUCAAGAAAUUGUCUUCAUUGAAAUUAUUUUUCUUGAGACUUAACAAUCAUGAACAUGAAGGAGAAGUUCCCGAAGCAACAAUAUGUGUGCUAAUUGAAAGAUAACCUAAUCAUGGACUGAUGUCACACACAGAUGUCAACACAAUAGAUUUUAAACACAAGUACUAUUGGCUUUUUAAAGAAAAUAUAAUUUGUGAUUUCAUCAUGUCUGGUUUUGCUGAAUUCGUACCCCCUCCCGAGUGCCCAGUUUUUGAGCCGAGUUGGGAAGAUUUUUCGGAUCCACUAGGAUUUAUAAACAAGAUUCGACCUAUUGCAGAGAGAACUGGCAUCUGCAAAAUUCGACCGCCAGAGGACUGGACACCUCCUUUUGCCUGCGACGUGCGCAACUUCCGCUUUACUCCCAGAGUCCAGAGACUCAAUGAAUUGGAGGCAAUCUCCUUGUGGAGUGCAACGAGAGAGAGGCAGGUCGUUAUUGCGUUGGACUAGUUAACUGUAAGGCUGCAAGAUUGGAUCCCCCCGAGCUGACAAGGCCCUCACUCGGGUCAAGCUCAACUUCCUGGAUCAGAUUGCCAAGUUCUGGGAACUGCAGGGGUCCAGGCUGCGCUUCCCUCAUGUGGAGAGGAAGAUCCUCGAUCUGUACCAGCUCAGCAAGAUAGUCUCCUCCGAGGGAGGCUUUGAUACCGUGUGUAAGGAGAAGAGAUGGUCCAAGGUGGGCAGCAGGAUGGGUUUUCCCCCAGGGAAGGGUAUGGGCUCUCUGCUGCGGUCCCACUUCGAGAGGAUCCUCUACCCCUAUGAGCUCUUCCAGUCUGGAGCCACGCUCACUGGUAUCCACCAUCUGUACGAGGAGGGAGAUGACGAAGAGGUGCAGGACGAGGGCAUGGGGGAAGAGGAAGAGGAGGAGGAUGAAGAGGACCGAGAGAGGGACAGCCUGAGUGACGGGACUCAGAAUAAGGACUGCCUGCUCCCUGAGCGCCGCUCCCGCCGCCUGAAGUCCGAGGUCGGUGAUGAGCGGGAAAACAAAGAGCCCAAGACCAUGCAGAUCUUUGGCAGUGGUCCCAAGAUGGUUGGUUUAGAGAUUGUACCGUCUGAAGACGAUGGGUUCAAUAAGAAGCAGCGUCACCUGAAGGCCCAGGCCUUCGCCAUUAAGAUGCGACCACGCAAAGAAACCCUGGAGGUCAACUUUAUACCCCAGAUUGACCUGUACAUGUGCCUGAUGUGUGGGCGGGGUGACGAGGAGGACCGCCUCCUGCUGUGUGACGGCUGUGAUGACAGCUACCACACCUUCUGUCUGAUUCCGCCCCUACAGGAUGUCCCUAAGGGGGACUGGCGAUGCCCCAAAUGUGUUGCUGAGGAGUGCAGUAAGCCGCGGGAGGCGUUUGGCUUUGAGCAAGCCGUGAGGGAGUACACCCUCCAGAGCUUUGGAGAGAUGGCUGACCACUUCAAGUCAGACUACUUCAACAUGCCUGUGCACAUGGUGCCUACAGAGCUAGUGGAGAAGGAGUUCUGGCGUCUGGUGAGCUCCAUCGAGGAGGAUGUCAUUGUGGAGUACGGAGCUGACAUCAGCUCUAAGGAGGUGGGCAGCGGCUUCCCCAUUAGGGAUGGCAAGAGACGGCUACUGGGAGACGAAGAGGAGUAUGCCAAUUCAGGCUGGAACCUGAAUAACAUGCCAGUCCUGGAGCAGUCGGUCCUUACCCACAUAAACGUGGAUAUCUCUGGCAUGAAGGUGCCCUGGCUCUAUGUGGGCAUGUGCUUCUCCUCCUUCUGCUGGCACAUUGAGGACCACUGGAGCUACUCCAUCAACUUCCUUCACUGGGGGGAGCCUAAGACUUGGUAUGGUGUCCCGGCCCACGCGGCAGAGCAGCUGGAGUCAGUGAUGAAGAAGCUGGCCCCAGAGCUGUUUGACUCUCAGCCUGACCUGUUGCACCAGCUUGUCACCAUCAUGAAUCCCAACGUCCUCAUGGAGCACGGAGUGCCCGUUUUCCGCACCAACCAGUGUGCGGGGGAGUUUGUGGUGACCUUUCCCAGAGCCUACCACAGUGGCUUCAACCAGGGAUACAACUUUGCUGAAGCUGUCAACUUCUGUACUGCAGACUGGCUCCCGAUAGGUCGUCAGUGUGUGGCCCACUACCGGCGGCUCCACCGCUACUGUGUCUUCUCCCACGAGGAGUUGCUGUGCAAGAUGGCUGCCGACCCCGAGAGCCUGGAUGUGGAGCUGGCUGCUGCAGUCUUCAGAGAGAUGGGAGAGAUGAUGGAGGAAGAGACACGGCUCAGACAGGACUUGCAGGAGAUGGGUGUGCUGUCCUCGGAGCAGGAGGUGUUUGAGCUGGUCCCUGAUGACGAACGGCAGUGUCAGAAGUGUAAGACCACCUGUUUCCUGUCAGCUCUGACGUGUCCCUGCAGCCCAGAACAUCUCGUCUGUCUGCACCACGCCAAGGAGCUAUGUGACUGUCCCCUGGGAAUCAAGUGUCUACGCUACCGGUAUGAUCUGGAGGAGUUUCCCUCCAUGUUGUAUGGGGUGAAGUCCAGAGCUCAGUCCUAUGACACCUGGGCCAAGCGGGUCACUGAUGCCUUGGCUGCUGACCACAAGAACAAGAAAGACCUGAUAGAGUUGAAGGUUCUUCUGGAGGAUGCAGAGGACAGGAAGUAUCCAGAGAACAGUCUGUUCCGUCGGCUCAGAGAGAUGGUGAAGGAGGCCGAAACCUGCUCUUCUGUGGCCCAGGUACUGCUCAGCCGCAAGCAGAGACACAGUACCAGGCAGCAUCCAGAGUGCAGCAGGACUCGUAACAAGCUGACAGUGGAGGAGCUGAAAGUCUUUGUCGAGCAGCUGUUCAAACUGCCCUGUGUCAUUGGACAGGCUCGACAGGUCAAAGAGUUUCUAGAGAACGUGGAGGACUUCCAUGAGAGAGCCCAGGUAGCCCUGGCUGACGAGCUGCCUGACUCCUCCAAGCUGCAGGCCCUGCUAGACCUGGGUGGAGGUCUGGAUAUGGAAUUACCUGAGCUGCCCAGGCUCAAACAGGAGCUGCAGCAGGCCCGCUGGCUGGAUGAGGUACGUGUGACGCUGGCAGAGCCCCACCGGGUGACCCUGGAGCUGAUGAAGCGGCUGAUAGACUCUGGGGUGGGGCUGGCACCACACCAUGCUGUGGAGAAGGCCAUGGCUGAGUUGCAGGAGAUACUCACUGUGUCAGAGAGAUGGGAGGACAAGGCCUUCGCAUGCCUACAGGCCAGGCCUCGGCACAGCAUGCUAACCCUGGAGAGCAUCAUGAUAGAGGCCAGGAACAUACCAGCCUACCUGCCCAACGUCCUGGCCCUCCGAGAUGCUCUGUACAAGGCCAAGGAGUGGAGUGCCAAGGUGGAUGACAUUCAGGUAGUGUCGCGUCGCACGGGUGGCAGUAACUAUGCAUACCUGGAGCAGCUGGAGAGCCUGCUGGCGAGGGGUCGCUCCAUCCCCGUCCGGCUGGACCCCCUGCCUCAGGUCGAAUCCCAGGUGGCCUCAGCCCGCGCCUGGAGGGAGAGGACUGCACGCACCUUCCUCAAGAAGAACUCAACCUACACCCUGCUACAGGUCCUUAGUCCGCGUGUGGAUAUUGGUAUCUACGGCAACAGCAAGAGCAAACGCAGACGAGUCAAGGAGCUCCUUGAAAAGGAGAGGGGUCUGGACCUGGAGGGUCUCAGCGACCUUGACGAGAGUUAUGAAGAUGCCUGUGACCCGGCCAUCGUCGUAGCAGCAUUCAAAUCCAAGGAGCAGAAAGAAGUUGAGGCCAUCCACUCCCUCCGAGCUGCCAACCUGGCUAAGAUGGCCAUGUCUGACCGCAUCGAGGAGGUCAAGUUCUGUCUGUGUCGUAAAACUGCCAGCGGGUUUAUGUUGCAGUGUGAACUGUGCAAAGACUGGUUCCACGGAGCCUGCGUGCCAUUACCGAAAGCGGGCUCGCAGAAGAAGCUCAUGGGCUCGGCCGGGUGCCAAGGCAACAGCAAGGAGGCCAAAUUCCUGUGCCCGUUAUGCCAGCGGUCACGUCGCCCGCGUCUGGAGACCAUCCUGUCUCUCCUGGUGUCCCUCCAGAAGCUGCCGGUGCGUCUGCCUGAAGGGGAGGCCCUACAGUGCUUGACUGAGAGGGCCAUGGGCUGGCAGGACCGCGCCAGGCAGGCCCUGGCUACAAACGAGCUGUCCUCGGCCCUGGCCAAGCUGUCGGUGCUCAGUCAGAGGAUGGUAGAACAGGCUGCCCGGGAGAAGACCGAGAAGAUCAUCAACGCCGAGCUGCAGAAGGCUGCCGCAAACCCUGACCUGCAGGGUCACAUCCAGACGUUCCAGCAGGCAGGGUUCAGCAGGGCAGCGUCGCCACGCCAGUCUGUCGACUACGAUGACGAGGAGACGGACUCUGACGAGGACAUCAGGGAAACAUAUGGCUACGACAUGAAGGACCCAGGUGAAGUGAAGCCGUACCUGUUUUGUGAUGAGGAGAUCCCUGUCAAGUCAGAGGAAGUAGUCAGUCACAUGUGGCCCACCACACCCUCUUUCUGCGCUGAACACGCCUACUCCUCUGCAUCCAAGUCCUGCUCUCAGAACCAGAGUACCCCCAGGAAGCAGCCCAGGAAGACGCCCCUGGUGCCUCGCUCCCUGGAGCCCCCUGUGCUGGAGCUGUCCCCCCCGGCCAAGGCCCAGUUGGAGGAGCUGAUGAUGGUGGGGGACCUGCUAGAGGUGUCCCUGGACGAGACCCAGCACAUCUGGAGGAUCCUGGAGGCCACACACCCUCCCUCCGAGGAGAGGUUCCUACAGGUCAUGGAGCAUGAGGAUUCUCCGUUUGAGAAGCCAAUGAAGAUCAAGAUGAAGGACUCUGAGAAGAAGAGGAAGAGGAAGCUGGAGAAGGCGGAGCACCAGCUUCUCAUGGCAGCUGUCUCCGGGGUCGGAGACAUGAUGCGGUCCCCCAAGUCCUCAAAGGAUCCGAAACUGAGCCUCUUAGACCCGCUGGGGAAACCCAAGAAGAAGAAGCUGAAGCUGAACCCGGAUAAGAACCGUGAACUGAAACAGCUGUCCAAGCGCCUGGCUAAAGAGGAUAAGGAGAGGAAGAGGAAGGAUAAAGCUGUGGUCAAGUCUGAGGCUGUCAGGGAGGGGCUGGAAAAAAGGAAAGAGAAGAAGAUCCUGGAUAUACCGUCGAAAUAUGACUGGUCUGGAGCUGAGGACUCCAAUGAUGAAAACGCUGUCUGUGCGUCCAAGGACUGUGCGAGACCCUGCAAGGACAAGGUGGACUGGGUUCAGUGCGACGGCGGCUGUGACGAGUGGUUCCACCAGGUGUGUGUGGGUGUGACCUGCGAGAUGGCCGAGAACGAGGACUACAUCUGCAUCGACUGCACCCGCAAGUCGUCUAUCUUGAGUCGGGCCGUAGUUGGAAGUUUGGGCAGAAGCAUGAGCAUAGGAGGAGGAGGGGUGACAGCAGUGGUGAAGUUAGAGCGUGUUUGUGAGGAGCCGGUGGUGCUGGAAGCACCAGUCUACAGCGGGCUGAGCCAGAUCAUUAUGCCCCCCUCUACCUCCCUCCCCCAGCAACAGCAGCAGCCGGAUACUCGGGAGAGCAGCUAGCGCAGACCCAGGACAGAGACGCACAUGCACAGCCACCACACACAAACCCAUUCACCCGGUAAACUCGCAUCAGACCAUUUGAGUCUGGUUCUGACUGACAUAUUUCCCUCUUGACUUAAUGGUAGAGGAGCUUCAAAUUAAGGGGUAUCCUCAAGACUAGAUGAUGAUACUCCCAUGAGAAUAAUACUACAAAGAAAUGAGACAAUCAGCUCCUUUGAGGAGGAGAGAGAUGUAUUUUAUGCAUCACAGAUAAACUCCAGAUUAACUAUUUUGCCGUUCCCCCUCUCCUCUCUCUCCUCUCAUGGGAACCAAUUGUUGAUGAGGAUUUGUUUCUCUCGAAUUCAGAACUGUUAAAUAAGGCCUUAUAAUCCAGAGAACACUGUGUGCACAGAGUGGUUUUUACUGCACGACUUGGAAUGACCAUGGGCCGUUUUGUCGGUUUCUUGAGUUUUAGGUCUGUAACGUCCUCUAUCCCCGUCUGGCACCAAAUAAUUUUCAAUCUGCCUCAGUUCUACUACAGUCAGAAACUUCAGUACAGUCAUUAUCAAUCUGUGGAGGUGUAAAUAGGUGUCCCAAAUGGCACCCUAUUCUAUAUGUAGUGCACUACAUGGGAUCUGGUAAAAUGUAGUGCACUAUAAAGGGAAUAAGGUGCCAUUUGGGAUUGGGUGUUACACCUCCACAUAUUCUUGAUAACUGUACUGAGUCGGCAGGUAGCCUAACUUUUUAAGUGUUGGGCCAGUAACCAAAAAGUCUCUGGUUCGAAACCCGCGGGCUGACUAGGUGAAAAAUGUAUCGAUAUUAAGGUACUUAACCCUAAUUGCUCCUGUAUGUCGAUCUGGACAAGAGCGUUUGAUAAAUGACAAAAAUGUAAAUGUGAAAAUUUGGGAUGCACAUUCAGUAUCCUCUCCUCUCUGCCUUUCUCCAAACAAUAAAUAACAGCUCCAUGUAGGAUUAGGAACAAUGGUUGUAUGUAGUGAUACGUAUUUAUAAUGUGUAAAUAGGUUUUAAGCAAUAAAGUGAUUGAAUGUGGCUGUUUUUGUUUUCUCACCUUUAAUAAACAAUUCCUAGUGAAAUGA